AGAAGUAGCAAAGCCGGGGUUAGCUCAAGUGGAAUCAUGGCCAAUGGCGGACCCACCGGACUUUGCGCCGUCACUGACAUUAUUAAAGUCCGCAGUCCUCGUGGCGUCACUGCACAGGCUCUUGGCACAUCCGUAGUUACGGCCUUGCAAUACAUCUCCGACUCCGUCGUCCAUCAGGCUCCAUUGCAUCCUGCCACAAACCAUUGAAGCAACCCUCUGGAAGUCAUCAUUCGAACUGCAUUAUUUUCCAAGACCAUCCAGAGCUCACCAUCACCAUGAGUUUCACAGACGUCUUCUUUGGCUUUCUGCCAUACUUCUUCCAUUCUCAGCUUCUCAUCAAGGUCCCGUACCCAACCACCGACUGCACUGGAAGAACGAUCAUCGUCACCGGCGCCAAUGUCGGUCUGGGCAAAGAGACGGCACGGCACUAUGUACGCCUGAACGCUGAGAAAGUCAUCCUCGCAUGUAGAAGCGCGGAAAAGGGCGAAAAUGCUAGACGCGAGAUUGAGUCCAGCACGGGACGCGCGGGCGUUUGUGAAGUCUGGUCGCUUGACAUGGCCGACUACAACAGCGUCAAAGAGUUCGCCAAGAAGACGCGCAGUCUCAAGCGACUGGACUCUGUCGUCGAGAACGCGGGCAUCUUGACUACGAACUUCAAAGAGGUCGCGGGCAACGAAAGCACCAUCACGGUCAAUGUCGUGUCAACGUUUCUUCUAGCGUUAUUACUCCUGCCAAAGCUCAGAGAAUCCGGCCGACAACACAACGUCACUCCUACUCUGACGAUCGUGACUUCGGAGCUGCAUUACGUUACUGCAUUCCCGGAACGCAAGGCGCCCUCCAUCUUCGACACACUAAACAACCCAAAGGAAGCGCGUAUGAGUGAUCGGUAUCAUGUAUCGAAGCUUCUCGAGGUCCUUGGAUGCCGCGAGAUCGCCCGCCAGCAUUCUGUAUCUCAGACUGGUGUCACAAUCAACCUCGUCAACCCCGGCUGGUGCCACAGCGAGCUUGACCGAGAGAUGUCGAGUCCGGUGAUUCGCUUUGUCAAGAACAUCUUGUGCCGCACGACAGAGAUGGGCAGUCGAACCUUGACGUUGGCUGGUGUCGCUGGACCCGAGACCCAUGGCAAGUACCUCAGCGACGGCCACAUCAUGAAAUGUGCGCCAUUGGUCGAGGGUAGAGAGGGUCCGGAGAUGCAGAGGAGAGUGUGGGCAGAGUUGGCGCAACAGCUCGAGUCUAUUGAGCCAGGCGUGACGAAGAACGUCGCUGCAUAAGCACUCGAGGCCGGUACUUCAUUGGGUCGGGCGCAAUGAUGCAGGUGUCCUGUAUUAAUAAUUACGGAACCCUGAGCAUAAGCUGCUUUAAUCGAACCACACACUAGAUGCUAAUUCGUCGGAGUCCUACUGUCUACGAGCCCGUGACACUUUACGCCAUACCGCUGCGAGUGCGGCGGAGGUAGCAGGUAGUGGAAGACAGCAUCUCCGCCGCGUGGAUCAAUACUCUACGCGAAGCGGGUUUGGGAGGCUUUGUAAGAGUCAGUGCCCGAGUUCAGUCCCAUCAUGUCGCGGCGUACCUCCUAUGUCGGUGAACCCAGCAGCUGCACUUGUGUGCU